GGUCUUGAAUAGUUCUAUCACCCUGGGUAGGUGGCAUCAAAAGUUUAAAUGUUAGGAAAGGGCUAUAACCCAAAACAUUACAAUGUAAGUCUAUGGGAAACCGGUUACUUCCCUUUGACCUAAUAUUUACCACUACUCCACUACCCGGAAGUGCAUUUUUUGACCGAAUUAGUAUCAACUGCGGAAUAAUAGGCUUUUCUUUUCGGAACUGUGAUUAAAUAUUUUAAGUUAACGAAUAUGUCAACGGUUUCUGCAAGUGAGGUAACUAUUCGUCAGAAUAAAAAGGAAGAUAUUACAUUUCUGCUGCAGUUUGUUGAAGAAGAAGGAUGGGACUGGUCUAUGUAUGACCAUUUGUCGCACACUAGACUCGAUCCAAACUACCUCCUUGUGGCUGAAGACAAAUCUGGCGAGCCUGUUGGAUUUUGUGCGGUAACCAAGAGUGCUCCGGACACGGUAUACGUAUCUUCUUUCAUUGUCCGUAAAGAUCUUCGUCGCAGCGGCAUAGGACGAGCACUGUGGAAAGCAAUGGUACAAAGAGCAGGAAAUCAAAAUAUAGCUCUGGACGCAGUAAAAGGAAUGGUAGACUGGUAUAAGAAGAAUGGGCUCCAAUUUCAAACGUUCAGAACCUUCUAUCACAUCUUCACUAUUACAGAUGAUAUGAAAAAAAGUUAUGCAUCAAAUUAUGAAACCAUCGCUUUAUCUGAAGAAAUGUGGCCUGCUUUAUUGGCAUAUGAUCAGUAUGUAUAUCCAAACUUUGACCGAACGGCGAUACUUCGUGCAUGGUUUUCAGGAGAAGAUGUUCAUGUUGCUGUUGCCAUGGAUGCAGGGAAAAUUGUAGGUUAUGGAAGCAUUCACAAAAAGCCAAACAAUGAAUACGGUCUCCGAAAUGUCUUUGGUGACAAUGAAGAUGUCAUCCAAGCAUUAUUGCAUGAUAUGGUUUCAGGAUUACAAAAAGGAGCUGUUGUGCAUUUCUUUCUACUAGAUGAAAAGCGCUUGCCGACAUACAUCAAACACAGCGUAAAAUAUGAAGAAGCACCGGUGCGAAUGUAUAGCAAGGUCAGGAUUGAAACCAACACUGCAAGAAUGUGGAUUGCUACAGCGCAUUUAAUCUGAAAAUAGUCUAGACUAUUAGUUUCCUACUGAAAGUCAGUUUCGGGGACUAUGAGAUUGCUCUUUCCAUCAUUCCGUCUGUCAUUUUGUCCGUCCGCCCACGCCUUCAUGUCCGGAGGGAUUUUAAUAUUACUUGGCAUAAAUGUUUCCUUUCCCAUAAGACGACUUGUCAAACGCAACAUCACCAGCUCAAAGGUCAACUGGGCUUAUUGGUAUAUUUUCUUCAAAAUUACUUCCCUUUAAUAUGAUGAAGUAUUACAUUUUUAUACGCCGUCUCUGAAAAAGCCGGGCGUAUUAUGCGAACACCCGUGGCGGCGGGCGAUGGGCGGCUGGCGGCGUGCGGUCGGCGUCCAAUAGCAUGUCCGCUCUCUAACUCGAACAAUUUUUAUCCGAUCUUCACCAAACUUGCUGACAAUAUUUGUGGGCAUAAUAUCUCGGGCAAGUUUGAUAAUCGGUCAAAUCGCUUUAGGCACUCUUGGAUUAUGGCCCUUGAAUUACUCUUAAUCUGCGAAUUUACGAUUUUCCGCCCUCUAAGUCAAAUAGUUUUCAUCCGUUCUUCACCAAACUUUGUGACAAUGUUUGUGGGUAUGAUAUCUCGGAAAGUUCGAUAAUCAGCUAAAUUGCCCAAGGCACACUUGGAUUAUGGCUUUUAAAUUACUCGAAAAACUCUUAUCCACUCUCUAAGUCGAAUAGUAUCAUCCGAUCUUCACCAAACUUGGUGACAAUGUCGGUUGGCAUAGUAUCUUGGCCAAGUUUGAUAAUCAGCCAAAUUGACCCAGGCACUCUUGGAUUUUGGCCCUUGAAUUACUCGAAAUCUGCGAACUUAGGCUUGUCCGCCCGCUAAGUCGAUAAGUUUUCAUCCGAUUUUCACCAAACUUGGUGACAAUGUUUGUGGGCAUAAUAUCUCGACCAAGUUUGAUAACCAGUCAAACCGCGUUAGACAGUCUUGGAUUAUGGCCCUUGAAUUACUCAAAAUCUUUUUAUGAUACAUAACUGAAUAGUUAGAUGGGCGUAUUUUGUGACAGUCUGGCACUCUUAAUUCGUUCUCUUAUUCCAUGAAUUUAACAAAUGAAAUGUUAUUAAAACGUUGUAUUAAGAAAAUAUUAAAAAUUAAUUCACAACUGUGGAUGUUUCAAUAUGCAACCUUAAAUCCAAACAUUUUGUGUUUUAACAUAUUAUCUAUAUAGCACAACAAUAACAGAUGCAAGAUCAUUUGGUUAUGUAAUCACCUUGUAGUAGGGAGCUUUGUAUUGCAUGUUACUUCGUUCACUUGUUUUACUUCGUUAUGCAUCUAUUGCCAUCCAUAUUUUGGUUUUUUUUUUUUUGUUAUAUUAAAUAUGACUUUGAUUUUGAUACAUGUUGUUCGAUUCCAAUAUUUUGAUAAACAUCUUAUUUGUCAGCUUUUUAGAAAAAUAAUUAUUUUUCAUUUCUUUAAUCAGUGAUAUUUGAUUGACAUUUUCUACUUUUGACUUUAAUAAGUUUGAUUUCCUGUUCUAGAGUAAUGGUUAUUACUUUUAUCAUUACUUAACAAUAUGGCUUUAUCUCAGUGUUGUUAUAUUGUCUGGUCCUUCGGGAUCAUUGAUUUCAACUCAUUUAGAUUUGAAGAUUGAAUACUGCUUAGGCCGGUGCUAGGGGGCGUGGGCAGUGUUGCAUUUUCCGUUACUGCUCAUGAACAGACUCAAUCAAACCGAGUCUGCAAUUUUCACUGUUUGCCUUGUUCUAGGUGCUUCCGAGGGAUCUACUUUCCAGAUUUUAUUUAUUAUUUUUGUUUGUCGCUUAUGACUUUCCUCCCUAAAUGUUUAUUGAUUUUAUUGUUGUUUCUAUUUCCACUUAUUGUUAUUUAAAAAAAAAAUAUCUUUAAGAUGUUAGUAAAUUUACUCAUUUCUAUCAAAAUUUGAGAACAGUAUAUAAAUCAGAUUAUUUUAGAGAGAAACAGAUAAGAAAAAAGACAUAAAAUAAUUACUAUAUGACAUAAAAUAAUUACUAUGUGAUAUAUCAGCAUAGACAAAUAAUUUGACAUUUCCUACUUUUAGCUUUGCUAAGUUUGAUAUCCUGUACUAGCGUAAUGAUAGAAAAAUAAUUUGACAUGGGAAGAAUUAUUGUGAUCUAUAUUUUUGCUUUUUGUUAUAUUAAAUAUUACCUGGACAUUCUUUAAAUGCAAUUUAUAAAAUUCAAUUCUUACCUAAGUAAUACUUAAAAGUAUGGCUAUAUUAUUCUUGCUUGUCACUUAUGACUUCCUUCCCUAAAUGUUUGUUGUUUUUAUUGUUGUGUUUUGUUAUUUUAAAAAAUAUCUUUAAGAUAAGAGUUAGUUUACUCAAUUAUAUCAAAAUUUGAGAAUAGUAUAUAAACCAGAUAUUUUUAGAAAGAAAGACAUUAAUAAAAAUAAGAUAUAAAAAAUAUAAGACAUAAAAUAAAUACUUUCUGGUACACAGAAAAAGGGACUAUUUUGUGUUCAGUAAAUUCCAAUUUCUUUGUGAUAAAUAUUAAAUUGAAAAACACUU